CGUAGAUAUGAUCCUGGGCUUCGGCCAAGGCUCCAGAUCUAGAACUUUUUCUACCCAAUUGGUGGCCGAGGCUCCAGAUCUGGCACGCAAAUGGAGCUUGUUCUACCCAAUUGGUGGCCAAGGCUCCAGAUCUGGCACAAAUGAAACUUGUUCCGCCCAACAGUUUUCUGUUUUGGUCGCAUAGGCUCCAGAUCUGGCACAAACGAAACUUGUUCCACCCAACAGUUUUCUGUUUUUGUUCCACCCGACAGUUUUCUGUUUUUGUUCCACCCGACAGUUUUCUGUUUUGGUCGCAUAGGCUCCAGAUCUGGCACAAAUGAAACUUGUUCUACCCAAUGGUAGUUUUUUGUUUUGGUCGCAUCUCGUGACAGAACAACCUCCAGAUCUGGAACUUUUUCUACCCAAUUGGUGGCCAAGGCUCCAGAUCUGGUACAAAUGAAACUUGUUCCACCCAACAGUUUUCUGUUUUGGUCGCAUAGGCUCCAGAUCUGGCACAAAUGAAACUUGUUCCACCCAAUAGUUCUCUGUUUUGGUCGCAUCUCGUGACAGAACAAACCUGCACGCUUCCAAUCCAUGGAUAUUGUGUUGAGUGGUGGAAGGAGAGACCAGCUUCAGCCAUUGAUUCGCUUCCGACCAAAUCCAGGCCCUAGCCGCCAGAACUAGAACUGAGAAAUCGGACUGCGGAGACCGCCAAGCUAGAGAGAUGCCGGAACGCCGACUCCGCCGGCGGCAAUGGCGGAGAUUGGGUUCGUGGCUGCAUACGGAAGAGGAGGAAGAGAGAAGUCCAGUUGGAUUGGGAGACUGCAAGAGCAACGAAUGGCCAACAACGAUUCCACUGAUAUCAGGAGACUUGAAGCCCAGGAUGCUGCUCCAGAUGCUCCAAUCAUCCCAUUCGGUCGGGUCCUGGAGGAGAUCCUGCUUGAGGGGAUCGCCUUCCUGGAUGAUCCUGCCAAUGCCGGCGAUAAUACCCUGAUGCGCAUCCACAGGGGGCUCAAUGUCGGCCAGCAGUUGUUCCUUCGUAUCCAAGGCCUAGAUAUGAACCCGUGGUACCGACUGAUGCUCAAUCGCCUCAUUCAUAUGCUUGGAUUUGCCAAGUGUGUUAUCCUAGGGUGCAUUCUAGUAUGCCGAUUUUAGUUCCCUGUAUCCAAUUGCUAUUCGCAUUCCCUGGAUCUUCAUAUGCUCUAGUAAUUUUCGUUGGUUUGAUGGAGUUUGAAACUGCUGUUGUAAUCAUUACCUUUCACUGGUUGCUAUUCUUGGAUUUGGGAAGCGCGUUCUGCUGGUGUGCAUUUUACUUGGCUGAGUUUAGUUCUCUGCGUCCCAAUGCUAUUCACAUUCAUCGCGAAUUAGAGAUUGGUUACCA